AUGUUGACCAAAGGUGAGAACAUUAGCAUACUUGUUGGUCAAAGAGGGGAAAAAGGGUAUUCUAAAAAAAAAACUGGCUCAGGCGGAGGAGGUACAUUUGUAGUAAGAGGAGAGAACAAGCCUUUGAUCAUAGCCGGAGGUGGAGGAGGAGUUGCUAACAUGACAGAACAACAUUCGGGAUGUGAUGCGUCCAUAAACACAACAGGAAAUGCAGGGUAUAACUCGCCACCCCUGUCUGGAGGAAGUAACGGAGAAGGAGGACAAACUGAUAAACCGCCCUCUGGUAGGUGAAGAAUUUCCCAUCUAUGGCUACUGAAUUACUUUUUUUGCAUUCUGCUGCCAUCCAUCAGUAUUUCGAACAAAGAGGUGGUACUUGUUGCUCAAAUUUGGAUUUUUUUCAAAAUUACUAAAAGCCAUGAUAUGUUAAGUUGCUAAUGUCAAUUGUAAAUCUCUUGAUUGUAGGUGGUGGUGGCGGCGGCUUCUACAGUAAUGGAGAAAACUCUAAGAAUUCUGGUGGAGGGGGAAAGGGAGGAAAAGGAUUUCUGAACGGGGGAGAGGGGGGAACACAUCGGGGUGGGUUCGGAGGUGGGGGUGGAUAUCUUAACCUCAAUGAGUCACCUGGGGGAGGUGGAGGGUACUCUGGGGGAAGUGGAGGUGCGAAUAAAAAUAUUUCUUGUGGGGGAGGGGGAGGCUCUUUCAACAACGGAACAAAUCAGCAAAAUGAAUGUUGUUAUAAAACUGUUGGACAUGGUAAAGUGAUCAUAACAUUUCUCCACUGA